CAACCUCCUUUACAUUCCUGCAUCUGCUGUGUCCUCCUCCAUUUCAGCCCCCAGACGCACAACAGUAGCAAACCAUGGCUGAAGAACUCGCACAAUACCAAUUUCAACUCGAUCAGGUAGACGAAGCUAUAGCCAAAGAUCCAGACAAUCCCGAACUGCACAAGCUGCGCGAAAACAUUACCGAACUCAUCAAUCUCUACAGCGAAGCCGUCAAACAACAGCAACAAACUGCUACGAUAACUACAAGCGACAAUAAGCGAAAGCGACCCGUCGGGGGAUAUGGGGAGGAAGCUGCGAAAAAAAUAUGCACGGUGGGUGCUACGGUUAUGGCAAAGUUUUCCGGUGACGGCAAGUAUUACGAGGCAGUCAUAGAUGCUGUUCUUGAGGAAUCCACAACGGCGGAUGGCUCUUCAAAGUACAUGGUCACAUUCAAGGGAUAUGGAAACCAAGAAACAGUCAUGUCAUCCGAUAUACGACCUGUGUCUACCGCUACCACAUCCCAAUCCGCCGCCAAAAAGCGUCCAAUUGCACCACCGGUAACACCAGCAACAACAGCAGCAACCAACCCAGAUGUGAACAAGAAGAAAAAGAAGUUCAAGUCCAAAGACGGUGCUAGCGUAUCAAAGCGGGAUAAGGAGCAGCUCGAGAAGCAAAAGGCAUGGCUGUCGUUUGCGACAGGGGAUAGUAAGAAGCGCAAAGCUUCUGUGGUCGCAGCCAAACCUCCAUUAAAAAAGCCUAGUAUUUUUGCUACUCCUGAUGAUCCAAUGGCAAAGGUUGGCGUAAUUGGGAGUGGGAAGCCUAUGACGCAGUUCCAGCAAAGGGGGAAACACAUCUUCAUGCACGGAGAGUAGAAUUGAUUCCGCCAAUAUACUGAACGGAGGAUUGUGAUUGCGCUGCACCUGCAGUGGCCAUCCGAGCUGCUGGAGUAAUUUUCUCGACGAUUUUUCUGGUGAAUUCUUGUAAGAUUUUUCAUUGUAACAAAAACUGAUUUAUUAUUGAGGAAAGAAUGGUAUAAUAAGUAAACUGCAUUGUACACUAGCCUUAUAAGACACGGCUUUGAUUUGUGCGGCCUUUGAUGGAUCCUGAGCGACUGCCUUCC